CCUGGUGCUCUUAGCUAGGUCAGCCUAUCGCCGUCGCCGCCGCGGCCAUUGCUGCCGGUAGAAGUUGAGGAUGCCAUCCUGGAAUGACGAGGAGAGCUCGGACGAGGACAUCAACAUGGUUUCAAUGGAUCCUCAGCUCUUUGAAACCCCUGACAGUGUGGUGGAACCAACUUUCUGUGGUUCUUACACUGAAUCUGAGCCGACGUGCAUGAUGCAUCAUCAGAGGCCGAAGAAGAUGGUGGCUUUUGAAGGUGCUUUGACUGGGAGGCGAUUCCUGGGUUGUCCUAUGCAGCAGGAUGUAGGUGUGAACUGUGGGGUUGUGGAGUGGGUGGAUGGUCCUUGGCCAGAGAUUCUACAAAGGUGCCUAACCAGGAUUUGGGACAUGUACCAUGAGCAGAACUUGGGAAGGGUGAAUGACAAACAAGCCCAUGAGAAAGAGGUGGCCAAAAGAAGGAAAUUGAUUUCCUGUCAAACAACUACAGCCAGUUGGUGGAAGAUUCAGGCAAUCAAUGAACUAAAUGAGAAGAAGAAACAACUUGAGGAUCAGGCAAAGAUUGAGUUAAGUAUGGAAAAGCUGAAGCUUGCCAAGGAGCAAAGGUGCAUUCUUCAAAGCCAAGCAGAUAUCAUUCAGAACAUGAGGAAGGCCAUGAAGGAAGUGGAGGGGGACAGGGACCUACUAAGGCAAGAGAAGAAGAAGCUGGAGUAUCUGAUUGCUGAUCUGCUCAAGGCUGGGCAUGCCAGCAAAGAUAAACUGGAGAGGAUCAAGGCAAUUAUGAAUGAGUGA